AUGGAUGGACAGAUACUCUCACCAGUGAUAAAGCUUUCGAGACCGUGUGAAGCUAACGCUGGAAAAACUGACUCAACUUCAGAUUUUGACGAAACAUUUGAGGAGUCAAGAUUUGAAGCCAUUGACGCUGGCCAAGAGACUCCUGUUGUAGCUCAAGGCGAGUUUGGACCCGCCUCUUAUGCUUCCAUGCUUGAUUCUGGCAACUUUGUGCUUCACAAUUCGAGUGGAGGAAUAAUAUGGCAGAGUUUUGAUCAUCCAACUGACACUAUUCUAACAGGUCAAAGCCUCCUGAAUGGACAGGAAUUGGUAUUAAGUGUUUCAGAAACUGACCCUUCGACGGGGAGGUUCCUUCUUGCCAUGCAAGGUGAUGGAAACCUUGUGCAGUACCCAAGAGAGAAAAUCGCAGUUGCAACUUCUUAUUGGGCAUCUGCUACAGAUGGGUUGGGUGCUGAUGUGAGAUUAACUGAUUCGGAUGGCCAUCUUUACCUGCAUAAUUCCACUGGCUUCAACAUAAAGAGUUAUACAGCUGGGAUUCCAAUAGGAAGAACAAUGUAUUUUAUGAAAAUUGAUUGGGACGGGAUAUUCAGACUGUAUUCUCAUAAUUUGACACAAAAUAAUGCAUUGUCAAUUCUGUGGGAAUCUUCAACAGAUAAGUGUCAACCCAAAGGUCAGUGUGGCUUUAAUAGCUAUUGUAUUGUGAAUCCUUACCAGCAACCUGGCUGUAGAUGUCUUCCAGGAUUUGUGUAUGUUGACCGGGAAAAUCUAUAUUCAGGCUGUAAAAGAAAUUUCACAGCUGAAAGAUUCAUUAACAGCCAUGGAACUGUGAUUUACAGCAUGCAGGAAGUGGAAAUUAAUGUCUUCGAAGAUGUUCCGUAUUCGGUUCUGCAAAAAACCAAAGAGGAGUGUGAACAAGCCUGUUUGGAGGACAGUAAGAUCUGUGAAGCUGCGUUAUUCAAUAUUAAUGGUCAGUGCAGUAUGCAAAGGCUUCCUUUGAGAUUUACGCAAAGAGAUGAAAGCAAUAUUGUUUUUGUCAAGGUAUAUGACCCUGUAUCCUCUACUGGUGACCGACCCCAUCUGCCGAUUAAUGAAGGCAAGAAAUACCCGCCAAUGGACAUGAUCAUCAUUGUAAGUUCUUUAUUUGUUGCUGUUAUACUUGUUAUUGUGGCAGUUUUCGGUAUUGUCAUCUACAAAUGUCAUGUAUGGUCGUAUGGAAGAAUUCUUGAUGAAGAGUUUUGUGAGGAUAUUGCUCCCAUAAUAUUUAGCUAUCAAGAAAUUGAGAAACUGACUGAUUGUUUCAAGGAAGAGAUUGGCAGAGGAUCUUCAGGUACAGUUUAUAAAGGGACUAUAGUGAAUCGCCAAAAGUUUGUAGCUGUCAAGUGAUUGGAUAAUGUGUUAGCUGAAGGGGAAAGAGAGUUUCUAAUUGAGAUCAAAGUUAUUGGUAGAACCCAUCACAGGAAUCUAGUUCGUUUGCUUGGUUAUUCCUUUGAUGGACCCAACAAAGUCUUGGUAUAUGAGUACAUGAGCAAUGGUUCUCUUGCUGAUAUACUCUUUGCACCCGAAAAACAAUGUAAUUGGAUCGAAAGAAUGGACAUUGCUCGUGAUAUAGCGAGAGGAAUUUUGUAUCUCCAUGAUGAAUGUGAGACGCAAAUCAUCCAUUGCGACAUAAAACCUCAAAAUAUACUCAUUGAUGAUAGCAAAUGUGCAAAAAUUUCUGAUUUUGGUUUAGCGAAGUUAAUGAAGCCUGACCAAACUAAAACAUUUACUGGAAUUAGAGGAACAAGGGGAUAUGUUGCACCAGAGUGGCAUCGAAAAUUGCCUGUGACAGUUAAAGUAGAUGUUUACAGUUUUGGAGUUGUAUUGUUGCAGAUCAUAUGUGGUCAAAGAAGUAUAGACCAAAACCUUCCAGAGGAUCAAGUUAUUCUUGAAGAUUUGGCAUACCAAUGUUUUGAUUCAAGGAAUUUAAGCCAACUAAUAGGAGAUGAAGAGGUUGAAUUGAAACAAUUGGAGAGAAUGGUAAAAAUUGCACUUUGGUGUAUCAUUGAUGAGCCAUCCUUUCGCCCUUCGAUGAAGAAGGUUUUACUUAUGUUGGAAGGGACGGUAGACAUCCCAGUCCCUCCUGACCAUACUUCUUAUCUUACAAGCAUUUAG